ACUGGACGGAGGUUGCGUGGAGGAUAACAGAGCGACAUACUAUAAUUGCAGUGUUGUGACCCAUCAUGGCAGAGGGAGAGGCGGAAUGGGAGCUGUGCAAAGAGAACAUUCAGCCACUGAGACGGGGUCGGGCUAUCUCAGCCUUGCACCAAGCACUCAGCCAGCAGCAGGAGGGGUCGAACUAUGCUGCCAUCCAACAACAGAGACAGGCUUUUGAGUCCGAACUGCGAAUGUACAAUGGAGACGAUCCACUUGAUGUUUGGGAUAGGUACAUAAGAUGGACACAGGAGACCUAUCCUCAGGGUGGAAAGGAGAGUAACUUGUCUGUGCUUUUAGAGAGAGCUGUUAUGCGUUUUGUUGAUGAGAAGAACUAUCACAAUGACAUUCGCUAUGUCAACCUCUGGAUCAAAUUUGCUGAGAACAGCACAGAGCCCCUAGAUUUUUACACCUAUAUGCAUGGGCAGGGAAUUGGAGUCAAGCAGGCAGCCUUCUACAUUGCCUGGUCUGAAGAGUUUGAAAAGCGCGGCAAUUGUAGGAGGGCAGAUGCCAUAUACCAGGAGGGCUUGUCGUGUGGGGCCGAACCUUGUGAUAAACUACAGCAACACCACAAGGGUUUCCAGGCACGUGUGUCCCGGCAAGUGAUGUCAAGCAUGACAGGUGGAGGGACAGAGGAAGACAGCCCUGAACCAGCACAGCCCCAGAGAGCUUCACUGGUGGACCUGAAGCACAGGGGGAAGAAAAAGGCAAUUGCCCCCAUUAAUAGAACCGGGGCCUCUGUCAGCCGUAACCGUGGCCUCAACCUGCAGUUGCCUGCUGCUGCUCAUAAUAGCCAGAAUAGCCGGAUAACAGUGUUUGAUGAAAGCCAGGCUGCCGCGGCAGAGUCUUUAGAACCCAGGGGGGACCAGUGGAUGGCGCCACCCGCAGCUAGGGCCAAGGAGAAUGAACUCAUGCCUGAGAAGUGGACCAAUGUUAAGAUGCCUCAGAAGUCCAGGUUUGGCCACAGCGUUGUGGCUCCGCCCAGCAAGCCAAACUUCCAGCCUUUUGUCGAGGAGUCCGAUCAGCCUCCAGCUGUGACCCCAUGUAAGAUAAACCCAGCAGUGAACACAGUGCUGUCUGCAAGGAAGCCUGCCAAGGAGGAGACUCCUCUGGAGCGUCUGCAGGAACACCAGCAGCAGCAGCUGCAGGUCGCAGGGCAGACGCGGGAGCAAAGCAUGUACUGCAAGGAGCUGCUGCUCAGUGGCGCCACCGAGUUCUGCUUUGAGGAACUGCGCGCAGAACGCUACCGGAAAAAGGAGGCCAAGGAACUGGAAGAUAAAGAGUUCGAGCUGAGAAAUAUUAAGGAGGAGCUGCGGCGAAAGAUUGAGGUCAAGCAAAGGUUGCUUUUGGAGGACAGUCAACAUAUAGGUGCUGGACAUCAGGCACAAUCUGUAGUUCAGAGUGAUGAUCAUAUGGAGGACUGUAGGCCUGGAACCUCGUCAUCUUUGCCACAGGGGUCCACCUUGGGGUUCCAAGUUUACGAUGAAUCCAAGGCCAGCUCUUCAGCAGUUUGCCGACCAAACGUACAUGAUGACGUCAGCACAGCUAGCACAGCUGCCAGGUCGGAACAGAUUCGAGCGGAUGAAGCAGAGGCGAAGCCUGUGCCUUUCGCCAUAUUUGAUGAAAGCGGCACUUGUGAGCAGCCGCAAGAAGUGGCACCUGCGGUUGUGUCCAAACCUUCCAAAGCGCGCAAACCUUUGACUGCCAUACUGAAACCCCUUGGGGAUGUACCCACGGCAGGACCUCCCCCUGAAAGUGAUACUUUGGAAGGAAUCGAGCCACUGAACGAGGAUGCCAUCAUUGGCAGCUAUCGUAACAAGACCCUGUGCCACAUCCCGGAUGACACCUGUGACUUUGCAAGGGCUGCCCAGCUUGCCUCCACCCCUUUCAGUGGGGGGCUCAGCCACAGGCCCUCCCCCGCCAUUGAGGGCGGCCUGACGGAGGACCUGUGUGCUUUAGCUCUGAGCACCGCAAAAGAAGUCCCAACCCCUACGGUCCCGCAGGCAGACUAUGAGGCCGCUCUAAGGGUGAAGAAGCUCAGCCCCAUCCUGGAAGCUAGCCUGGAAGAUGGUCGCUGCUCUGAGUCCUCAGCUUCCUCCUCCUCACUGAGUGGGAGCUCCUGUGUGAAGGCCAUGAAUCUCUCCAGCAGGCUGGAGUUGGGCUGCUCUGAGGUGGCCCAGGCUUAUGAGGCCCCUACAGCAGUAACUGUCACAGAAGGCCCUACCUGUGAAAAUGUGAGGAAGGAAGCUCUCUGUAAAAUCGACCUGUGCUCCUUUUCAAACUUCUGCUGGAAGCCAGAACCUUUGCCUGCUGUGAAUGAGAAUGAUAUCAUGUCUCCAGAGUACCUGCUCACAUGUGUGACUUACUUGGUUCUCUUAAAGGUCGACCAUCACCCCAUACCCUGGGAUUUCUAUAUUGACGCCCAGCUAAGGGGCCGACUGGGCUCAGACUCACACAAGUACAUCAAUGACCAGAGCAGCUGUUUCCUGUAUGAGGAUGGCUGCAUUACCCUCAGCUGGGGUCACUACCAGGGAACACUGCAGGAGUGUUUGUCCAGAUCUCCCCUUCAGCAGGACGUCAUUGCUCUUCUAGUGAUUGAUCUUUUGGAGCUGGUGCGGCAGAUGCACUCCUGCCACCUGGUUCAUGGGGACCUCCGCCCUGACACCUUGCUCCUGAGACACAGGUACUGUAAGGGCUGUGAGGAGGUGGAGACUGCGCUGAGGGUAAUGGAUUUCUCCUGCUCUCUGGACCUGGAUCUGCAGCCGGAGGUGACAUCGGUCCAAGGGCAUCCUGCAGCUCAGACCUACCUCAAGCAGGGCGUACUGUCCCCCUCUUCCAGUCCAUACCAGAUUGACCUCCUAGGUAUUGCAGAGACUGUGCACAUGAUGUUGGAAAAACGGAGUAUGAAUCUUGUGCACGUAGAUUCUGAAUGGAGACUCGCUGAGGAUUUGAAGACGGCCUCUGGAAACGUUGACGUUUGGCACAGUUUCUUCAGGAAGAUCCUGAACCCUGGGAACCAGUCCACUGUCUCUGUGCUGUCCGAACUGCAGCAGCUUGUGAAGAGGCAUUGCAGCUACAACAUUGAGGAUAAAAGGAACCUGCUGAGCUGCUCCUGGAUCAACCAGGCUGUUUUCCCUCGUGAAGUCGCAGAGCCGCGCAGUUGUCGCUGGAGCCAACAGGUCAGCUAA